GGCGGUGGUAGGGCGGUUGCUAGGAUAUGGCAGGCAACAGAGAAUGCGGCGGGUGUGGACGCUGCUUCCUCGGAGCGGUUCUUGAGAAACCUCCGCGACCCGAGUAGCUGCGUUUCUCAGUCAGGAAAAUGUCUGAUCAGGAAGAAGAAUUUGAUGCUGAGAAUGUUGUGAAUGCAUCAGAAGAAAAUAAAGAUGCUUCUGGGAUUAUCAGUAUUCCACUUCCCUCUGAAGAGUUUCCAGAGUCAGAUCAAGCAGAAGAUAAUGAAUCUGAAAUUGAACCAUCCAGUGAGGGCUAUACAACACAUGCUAAGGAGGAAGGUCACCAGGGCUUAUCAAACGUGGAACCAGAAGAUGAAGAACCACUCAUGGAAGAAGUUUUGUUGCCCAAACAAGUUUCAUAUUCUCCAGAAAGUUCUACAGAGCACUAUCUAACUAAAUAUGAUAAUGUAAUGCAGCCAGCCAAACAGUAUUCAAAGCCUGGAUCUCUGGCUUUUCUGGAUAAGAUAAAGGCUAUAAAGGAAUCUCUGAAAGCAUCAGUGAAAAAUCCUUUAGCAACAGUAAAAGUUGUACUUUUUCCUGUGGGCCAGGAAAUUAUAAUGCCUUUUAAAAUAGAUAUCACUAUAAAAUACCUCAAGGAUCAUUUUUCGUAUCUACUAAAGAUCCCAUCUAAUAUACUGCAGAUAAGAUAUUCAGGAAUGAUUCUUAAAAAUAAUGAGACUCUACUGCAACAUGGAGUUAAGCCACAGGAUAUUGUACAAGUGGAAAUUUUUUCUACAGAUCCAGAUCUAUUUCCAAUCAAAAGAAUACAAGGAUUAAAUGAUGCCUCUCAAAUCGUAACUGUCAGAGUACAAACUGGCAUUACUGAGUACCAGGAGGUAGCUGUUGAGAUUAUAAAAUCUGACUUUCACAAACCGUUUCUUGGUGGAUUCAGACAUAAAAUAACAGGAAUAGAAUAUCACAAUGCUGGAACGCAAACUGUACCUAAAAAGAUUCCCAAAAAAGACAAUGUAUUUUCUAGGGAUACCCAGACAGUUCUUCAGAGAAAAAAGCUCCAACAGACUACAAAUACAACAUCCACGCAGAUGACUAAAAUUGGUGUGUAUGUAUCAAACAUGACUGAUAAACUGGUUACACCAGGAAAUUAUUUUUCAGCAGCAGAAUACCAUGCUCAAAGACUACAGUCGGUAAUAGUGCUACAGACUUACUAUAGACAAUGGCAUGCUAAAGUUGUGGUAGAGAAUUUGAAAAGACAGAAAAUGUUAAGAUUCAAGUGGGAAGCAGAGGAAGAAGUAAGGAAAAUACAAGAAAAAGAGGAAUGGAUCAAAUUGGACUACUACCGGAGGCAUAAUCCUCAAACAAAAGAAGAUUUUGAGAUUCUUUAUAAUGCCCUGGAACUCUGGAAGCAAGAAGAAUUUGUACGCAUUAACCAGUCUUUCACUGGAGCUGAAAGGAAAGCUGCUCUAUGUGAACUUCUGGAGAAAGAGACCCAGAUAAUUGCUUCCAUUGGGAGGCAUAGAUACACUGCAUAUAUGGCAAACCGGGAAGCAUCGAUACAAGCUUUUUUGGAUAAGUGUUCAGCUCCAAAGGUAUGGAGAACAUUGAGUGGCAAAAUAAUUGAGAUGGAUACACAGUUUACCAUCAGAGCCAGAGAGCUGCAAAACAUCUAUAAGUGCAUUCUGCUGAAAAAUAUCUCUCAAGAUGAAAGGCUGGAUGUACUCCUAACGCUUAAACAUACUGUGAAGGAACAUGAAUGUAAACUGACUCAGGAAAUUCUAGAAUUGAUUGACAGAGAGGUGGACCUUAUAAUGAGAGGAGUCAAACAUCGUAAUCUUGAAGGACUCAGAAAAAGAAUUGCAACACUCUUUUUUCAUUACAUCAAAACACCUCUAUUUAAUCCAGAAGUUGCAAGACAUCUUAAGGUCCCUCCAGACCCAUUGAAGUUUUAUAAGAAGAUUUAUUUUUGCCACGGUUGCCAGCUCUAUUUGCCUUCCACAGAGUUUGCCGUCUCAUCCACCUUACGCCGCAUAUACCGGUGUCGUCACUGUAUUAAUCUUGACAAUGAGACUCGACAACGAGAAUCAUUUUUGAAGUACAAAUGUUUACUUCAGCGGCUCUACUAUUCAGAAGCUGAUUAUGAAGAUGAUUCCAAAAUUGCUUUCCUGAUCCAGCUACAAGAUAUUCAGUACCUGGUAGAGAACAUCUGGGCAUCGCAGUCAGUGCUCAGUGCCUGGAAGGAUCUCAAUGAUCUGGUCAUGGUCAGGUGGGAUAAGUCCUUGGAAUGGUCCCCCUGGAACUGCAUUCUUCUUACCAAAGAUGAAGGUGUUGCUCAUCUCAAGCUAACAAGUAUCGAAGAGGGAUAUGAACCCUUGUUUAUUCACAAGAUCAAACACAAACAUAUCCUGGCUAAGAACUAUUUUUCUCAAAUUCCAGUGCUGGCUUCAUAUUUACUUGGUGAUGGUGAGAUAGAUGAGAUCCGAAAGAAAUAUCACUCAGAAACAACUCCUAAGAUUAUAGUGUCCCAGAGGCCUAGUCCCUAGAAGAUCCAGGAGUAUUUGAUGAUCAGCAUUUUUGUCCACUGCUAAUAGAGGAAUACAGAGGCUGUACAAUAUGGAAAUAGAAUUUUAUCUUUUUAUUGAUUUUAGUUGUUUUUUUGUUUCUCAUAGUGUUAUAAGUUUAUGAAGACAAAACAUCCUCAUAUAAAUGUUUUAUUAUUAGACGUUUAGUGAAAAUUGAAAUACAGUUUAGUUCCUGAAAGUAAUAUUUUAAGGUAAAGAGAACAUUUUAUUUUUCAUAUUUUCACAAUUAAAAUUUUUAGAAAUUUCAGUGCACUAUAAAACCAACAAACAAAAGCUAGGUUUAACUUUUGACUCAAGUAAUUUAAGUUAAAUGUAGUUGUGGAAUAGUCAGUAUAUAGAUGGGAGGAAACAUAAAAUUCUCUUCCUUAAAAAUCUUUGCAGGUGGGAUAAAAGACGCUAUAUUUAAAUACAAUGAUUUUAAUCUUCACUUUUUAUUUUCUACUUUUACCUUCCAUGCUUCCUAAAAUCCCAGUAAAACAACUGGAAUUAUUUCUAAAUAAACAAACAAAUGCAUUCCAUGCUGGAAAGCAGGGUAAACAGUAGAACCAUCUUUUACUCUAUUGGGGGAAAACUCCCAAUGGGGCAAUGACGACAUUCUGGAGGAAGGAUAAACUUGGUUAAGUUAACUCUAACAGCCUUAUUCCUCAGUAAGACAAAGAAAUAACCUUGACUACAUGCAUGUCAGAGACCUACAGUGAUGAACAGUGUGUGUGUGUGUGUGUGUGUGUGUGUGUGUGUGUGUGUGUGUCUUAGUAAGAAAUUGACACUCAAAAUAGGAAAAUUCAAGGAGGUUGUAUUUACAGAGGGAGUUAUUAUAAAGUGUGGGCAGUAUUUAGGGAAACUAAAGGAACAGUGCAGGAACUCAGGGCCAGUAUGAGAUACAGGCUAUCUCGACCCCUUGUCUUAAAUGAACAUGCAGAGGAAGAGGUCUGAGAAUGCUCAGUGUAAAGAAGGUAGUUGAGAGGAUCAGAAGCCAACUGUCAUGGGAUAGUCAGCCCUAGGUGGUCUCAUGAACUGGAGAAAUAAAUACUCCGAUUUCAUACUUCUCCCUUUCUCUAGUCUCCUGCUUGCUUUCCCCAUUAGUAGAUCCCAGAAGGAAAGCAGGAGAAAUAGAUGUCUGUUGGCAUAAUUCAUGCAGUUUCAGGGAAAAGAGUGGAGUAGAUAAUGGGGAUGGUGGAUCUAGAUGGCUAAAUAGAAGAUACCAUCUUAGUAUGAAUUUAGAGUGAAGCUCUAUAACUCAGGUAGCAGUAUUUCACACACAACACACACACACACACAUGUGUGCGUGCAUGUGUGUGCCUGUGCAUGCACACAUGGCAUAAUUUGAGAGUGAGGGGUGAGGGGAGAAUUUUUCUCCUGAUUCCCAUCAGUAGUUAAUGAGCUGUUCUCUUCAGUUUAGUGCUCAAGGAAUUCAAUCUAAAUAUUAAUAUCUGUUCUACAUAAAUAUUUGCCAAUAUUUCAGCAAUAUAUUUUCUAGGACAUCUACAAUUAUUUCUUUUUGUGGCAAAAGCAUGGCACAUGGUGAUUGUUCUUAAGGAAAUAAACAUCAAAGAGAGAAGCGUUAUAAUGAGUUAUUUUCAGGUUUCCAUGGACAAUUCAGACAUUCUGGAACUUUCUCAGUGGUAAAUUACAGAUAGGGUUAGACUGGAGACCAUUCUGAUCACUAAUAAAUAGGUAACAAUUUAACACAGAGAACAGUGGGUUUACACAGGAAUGUAAAUGACCAGAUUUUCAUUAGACAGUGUACAAGAACAUGCUAUCUUAGAAAAAAAGGCUGGGGAGGCAAGCAUCAGGGGAGAAAUAUUCAGAUAGGGGCAAAUAAGCAUCUUUGGGAAUUCCACUGUUCACCCUAGGGAUGAAGCAACUGACCAGAUAGCAUUUGCUGUUAGUAUGGAAGAUUUGUGGAAUGCAACUGAGAGUGGUAGACCAGCUAGAGCAAUUGAAUAUAGGAAAGGGGCAGUACCUAUAGAACUGGGAGAAUAACCACUAAGGGGGAAAACAGCUAAGAACAGACAGGCUUUCCUGAACAUUCUGGUAAGCACUUUUCAGUCCUUCUGGAACUACAGUUCUCAAUUUAGACAGCUAUCUGAAAAUCCAAAGCAGAAGGGGCUAGAAGACGUAUCCGGUUAGAGAGCGUAUCUGGUUAGAGAGCUGUCAGUGGGCGGGGGGGGGGGGGGGGGGGGGGGGGGGGGAAGUCAGGUUGCUAUCCACUAAAAUCCUAACGCUAGCAUACUGGAAAGCAACAGCUCAUUUAGCAGUUGGUUCUCCUGCCUUCAUAGUAUCUGCAUUCCUCUAGUUUAUGACCUGAUGAUGAUACUUCCCUUGGCCCACUAACAAGUGGAAACUAUAGCAGGUGUUUCCGUCUUUCUCCUUCAUGAGGACUGUAUUAUAUAGAUAGAUGCCUAAAUAAUAUAAUAGGACAGAAUUUUAUAUCUGCAAAUUUUAAAAACAAGCUGAUGAAGAAUAGUCACUAGAUAGCAAAAAUCAAAUAGGGACCCUCUGAGGAAUGAGAACAAAUAUUCGUUUAUCAAAUCUCUUGAUUCAUGUUAAUGAUAUUUGAUAGCACUUUUUGUCCUUUGGGCAAAAAAUGGUACUGGGAAAAAAUAGCUAUUACACAGGAUAAACAAUUGCUUAAUUACCAAAAACAACACAUAGAUGGCAAUGAACAGCACAUUUGGUACUUUAAAGAUGAAUCUAAAAUAGAGAUUUGAUGGAUUAGCUCAAGAUACUUCCCUAGAAUUUAGAGGAAAAGGACAAAGUAAUGAAGUAGAUGAGCAAAAAUAGUAAGUUUAAUAGUCUUGCUGUAUCUACACUAAAGAUAACAUGAGCCUAGAAUGGAAUAAAAAAGGAGGAACAAUUAGGAAAUUGAGAUUUAAAGCCAAUUUCUUAAGCUAAAAAGACAUAUAACUUAGCUGUGUAAAGAAUCUACCAAGUACUGGGAAAAUUAAUAUAGAGACACAUAUAAAAGCACAAUCUCAUGGUAUUUCUGAAUUUCAAGAAUAUUGGACAAAUUCUAUAAGCAUUCAAGUAAGAGGGGAAAAGUUAGCCACAAGAAAAUAAAAUCAAUAGCUUCAUAGAUUUUUCUUUUCCAACACUAAAUGCCAGAAGGGAGGAACAUUUCUACUGAAGGAUUUUGAAUUUUGAGGGUUAAAAAAAAAUGACCCAAGAAUUUUACUUCAUGUUUAUGAAGGCAGAAGAAAGACAUUGUUAAUCAGGAAGCAUAUCAUGAAUCUCUGCCUUCCCAUUCUGUAUUCCAGCCCACCUUAAAACUGUGGCAGAAGGGUAUGGGCAUGAUAUCGUAAAUGAGAAAUGAUAGUGAGUCCUAUAACCUCAAGAUCCUUUCUAAAUGAUCAUUUGUGUGAUUAUGAAACAAUGUGAUGAACAAAAGUAAUUCCUCAAGUAAAAAUCUAUACUGUCAAAAAAAAAUCAAUCUGUAAAAAUAAUACCCUAUUCCAAUAAAGUAUCUACUACUGGAGAGUUCAGAGAGAUGAAAUUUUUCCAAGUCUUUUUAGUUGGAGAAGUGUCAACAGAUAGGUAAGAAAGUAGAUAUUCAAAUAUUUAGUUUAAAAAUUUAAAAGCAACUGGUAGCAGAAUGAGGAUGGAAUUAUAAACACAUUUCUAGAGAGAAAAAGGAAACAACAAAUUUGAGAACUAUUGUGAAAUAAAGGGUUUUGGUUUUUGCUUUCUAAAGUUAGCAGGAAGUACAUAUUAGAGAAAACUGGGUUAGAAAUAUCACAGUGCAUAAAUUCAGAUAGGUUAAAGUUCUCCAGUAAAGGAUAGUUAUAUCAAAAGUGUGAACUAAAUGCUGUGUACCAGAUAUAUACCCUGAAUGAAAUGACAUAUAAAGGUUAAAAGUAUGAUAUUUAGUAAAAUUGUGAUAGUCACAUGCAAGCAGAUACCAAAAUUUUGGUAAUGGUAAUUUCAAGGAUGAAACUGAGAAGAAAAAGAGAGAAAUGGGAGUUACUUUAUAUUGAUAAAUUAUUAUUCACAAUAUAAAUGAUUAAUCUCUGUUAAAUACAAAAAUAAGUUUUUAAAAAGUCACUUGAAAAAACCAUUCUCCAUAGGCUUCUUGCACUUAUGCAUAUCUUUGGAGCAGAGAUAGUAGUUCUUCUUUUCUGGUUUAUUUUGAAGGUGGUUUGUAUAGUAAUCAAUCUUGGAAGAUAGGGAUAGUAUUUACUGUUCACUCUAGAAGAGUCAGAGUUUCUAAGCCCAGGAUUUCUACCCUCUAAUGUGUGUGCAUGUGUCAUCCAGACUUUGUAUCACCCUGGGGGAAUUAGGGCAAAAUGCUGAUAUUCUGGCUGCUCUAUUUCUGUGAACAAUAAAGUGUGCUUCAUCUCUGACCCAGGAGUCUCGUGUUGUCCCCUGUCAUCUAUGACAUUCUGGCAGCCAAACUUGUUAGCUUGUGUUUGGGUAGCCUUUCAGAGCCUUAGCAGUUCUUGACCCAGAUAACCUUAAAAAUGAAAAAAAGAGAAGUGACUCAAGAGGUAGAAAAUGUGGGAGCACUGGGUGACUGACUGCAAUUCUCCACCCUCUCGAAAUGAGGCAGGAUUAUAUAAUAUGCUUUGCCCAAAGUGUAAUGCGAGUAAAAUUGUCCUGUGUCACAAUUGAGCAUCGAAAGAUCAAAAAAUUCAAAUUCUAUAGAUGCUCUUCUUCUAAGGAAUAGAAAAAGUGAGUACUCCCCAACUCACGCCACCAGUACAUCAUUGAUCAAACUUUGACAAGGCUAGCACAAGAAAGAAAUUGAUAGGCCAACUUCAUGAUGAAGAUAGAUGCAAAAAUCCUAAACAAAGUAUUAGCAAAUCAAAUUUAAAAACAUGAAAAGAUGAAAUAACAUGGCUUUUGCUGGACAUUCUUCAUUUGCUUCUUCAGAUCCACCUUCUACCCUUCCCCUUUCUGCUCUGUGCCCAGAGAGCAAGCCGCUCUUUGUGCAUUGUGUCAGUAAGUAUGUGAUGUCUUCCAGUUGCUUUUGGACAAUGGGAAGCAUCAGCAGGACAUUUGAGGUCUGAAAGACAGGCAGAGGUUGGGUGU